UGCCAGUGGUAGUGGCGGUAGAAAACCAACCGGAGACCGGGCGUCGACCGCCAGUCGUACACACUGCCCCGUUGAAACAACAUUCAUUACCGAUGUGCCCUCCAAAAGAAAAAAAAAAACAUCAGCCCCCCACGUCCAAUAAAUCGUCGAAAUAAAUCGGAAUGAAUUGAAUCCCCCAGGAAUUUCUCUUUUCCCCGGGAGUCAGUGCAUGUGAUUGUGAAUGACGUAAACAAUGUGAAUGAAUUAUUCGGUAAUCGUACUUUGGCAUCGACCGCAAGUAGAAUCCUGCGCGUGUGGUACAGCCCAAGUGACUGUGACACUCGGUAAUACCCAGAAGGCAAGUACAUAUAUACAUGAGGUUUAUUGCAAGGUACGUCAAAGAGUCACGGUGAAUUUCUUCCAACUCCCCCGAAGAGGAUAAAGACCGGAGGAGUGACUCCCAGAGGCUUUUCACGUGACAUCGAUCACUCGAGUGAUUGAUAGGGUGUAAAUCCUGGUGACCCGCGUAACCAGCUAAGACCGAAAGGAUCGAUAACCUCGGUCAGAGCUCAAGUCCCGAUAAUCCCACCAAUGCCAAUCCUCCGGAGGAGAAAAAAAGUUGAAUCAGGACAAUGAGGAGUAGUUGAUAUACCGGAAUGUCUGGUGGCUGAUAAUUCUCUCCUUUCACUGUAUAAAGAAAGUCACGAGGAGUAGCACCGAGGAAUGCAAUUCAAUGUAGACGUUUCCGAUAAUCCUAGGUCGUAGACUAAAAGUGGAACGUUGAAGGGACAAUCGCCGAGAUUUCGAGAGCUUUUGGGUGUGCAUAACGAUAAUAGGUGGGCAUUCUUCUCCGGAUAUAUUCCAGGCAUUCGCUGGAACACCUGGACAACGAGAAACCAGAAACAACUGGAAACAACGUCGGGAAUUCACUGGGAAUAUAUUAGACAUCAGCUCGUGACGUGCAUCCAAAAAUACAGGAAUGCACCGACGAAGGUACAUCAGUUGUUCGUGAUGUCUUGGUACAACUGCUCGAGUUGCUGCAACGAAAAGCCGGAAGAACACGUUAUCGGGGGCUUCAGUGGUGCAAGCCCAUCCAGGAGCAGUGGUAACAGUCUGGCCAUUGCAUCUGGAAUCUCAGCGAUUUUAUCACUGGUGAUAGUUUCGAUUGCUAUUGGUACGGGUGAGUGGCUCUUAACCGAGGAAAGGCUGCCGAAAGAUUUUUCAGCUAACCUAACUGCCGAACCGGACAGUAAAGUGACUUACAGUGGCCUUUGGAGGGUCUGCAUUGCCAACACAUCAGUUAUGCAGUACAAGUGCAAAAACAUCGAUUAUUUUCCAAGUGAGGAGUACACUCCAGACCCUAGUGAUUCCACAAUGGCGAUACCCUACGCUGUAACCAAGUCUGCCAUCUUCUUCUUCGCUGCAACAGUACUUCUCGUAAUAGCUGAAGUUUGUUACUUCACUGCUCAUGUAUAUCGGCCCCGACAUCGUCUGUGCGUUUUUGUGGCCGGAGUGGUGUUCACUGUAUGCGGUCUUCUCAUGCUCGUCGGAAUGAUCAUGUACAUAUCAGUAUUUAAGGCGGAAGUUGGGAGCAAACUCCGACCCAAAUCGUCCUUUCAGGGGCCACCGUUCACCUACAGAUACGGUUUCUCAUUUCUAUUGUACGUCAGCGGAUUUAUCACAACAGAAGUCGCUGGUACAUCCGCUAUAUUUCUCUACAUAUCGUGGCACCAGAGAGAUUUCAACAGGCGAAACGCUAAGCAGAAAAAUUGUGAUAAUGUCUACCACGUGGCGAAUCACGUGGGCCACCAGAACUUCCAUCCUCAUCAUUCCCACGGGAGUUUUCUCUGCGAGAGGCACCAAAAGCGUUACUUUUUCAGCCGAGACUCAGUGGAUCAAAUGGAUUUCGAUGAAUUCCUCCCACCGCCCCCCAGUCUCGAUUAUCACGAUUAUCCUGGACAAUUUCCCCGGGAUCUCACUACACAAACGAUAAGUACAACGGCUGAUGUCAUUCACGACGAGUGCAGCCCAGGAAUUCCCCAGGAGUUCGUCACCUUCGACAUAGACGCGCCUUUUCCUGCUGGACCUCCUGUCAGGAACAACGAAUGGCCCCUGGAAGCCUUCAGAAGGACUACUCCAGUCUGAUACAGCGUCAGGUACGCUAAGCUGGUGGAAAAUCCUGCGAGCGACUCUUCAGAUACUUCGGAUGAUGAGAUUAAUCAUUACCAAGUGGAAUACAAGGGGAUCACCGACGGUGACACGUGCCCCAUUGUUUCACUGUGAAACGCAAACUCGAUAUCGACUGCCAAUUUUUCCGAUUAUAACGAAGUAUUAUCGUCCCUGAUCGUGAGAUAAGGGGGAUCCCCGAGGGAACGAUUGAAUGAAGUGAUAAUUCAGUUGUGAAUCGAUCGAAAGCUCAAAGUUCUUGGCGAUUACCUCAAAUUAUUAUUAUGAAAUGAAAAAAUAAUCGUACAAUUGAAAGAUUUAAUUUCGUGGAUUUAUUGCUGAAUUGUCGGGAAUUUAUUGAGAAAUUCGUAUGAGGAAUUCAUGAGAAGUGCUGGUAGCUAGAGAAAUUUGUAAAUACCAUCGGUAGAAUUAAUCCAUCGAUAAUUUGACAUGUGAUGAUUUAAGGCUGAUUUGUUCGAGUGAUCGAGGCUCUCGACGAUGCCUCAGUAAUUCAGUGUUCAAUGUACUUUUUGAAAUAUCUUUUAUCGUGUAAAUUCAAUGAUUUUAUUACACCAUGAGACUACAAGGAGAUUCGUCAUUUAUAAUGUAUAUAAUAUUUUAAUUACGAUAAUUUAUGAUCGACAGUUGUCGAUGGAUAGGUGAAAUUCUGUUGAAAGAAGCUGUAAAUUUUUUUUUAGAAUAGAAAAAUUAGAUUUAUCGAAUUUGUAAAUGAAUUACCAAUAAUUACGCAAUUAAAUGUAUCACAUUAUUAUCGUUCUCGCACGGAGUCCAAGCACACCUUGUAUUUUUAUUCUAGGAGAGUGUGAUCUUUAUGUACAUUGUC